AUGGAGGCGCAGCUUGUCGCUGGGCUCAACACAGCUCAGAGAGCAGCUGUUACUUCGCCGGCCUCUGUUCUGCAGGUCCUUGCUCCACCGGGGUCCGGCAAGACGAAGACGUUGACCUGCCGAGUCGCCUAUCAGAUAGCCCACCAUGGCCUCAAACCUCAGAACGUCAUCUGUUGUACAUUCACGAUCAAAGCGAGCCGCGAAAUGCGAGAGCGACUCAGGGGCUUGGUUGGCCGCGAAUCGGAAGCCAAAUUGGUAUUGGGAACCUUUCAUUCCAUCUGCCGACGUUACCUGGUCGCGUACGGCCAUCUCAUCGGCAUCCGUAAAGGCUUCGACAUCGCCGACUCCACCGACAGCCUCAACAUUGUCAAACGAAUCAUCAAACGACUGAAUCUCUCUAUCGAGCCCAGGGCUGCACGGUCCAGAAUUUCGAGUCAUAAAGCAAAGGGAAAGAAAUUGGAGGAUCUUCCGAAAACACCACAAAAACAAGUGGAAAAGCAGGAGUUUAUCACGGUAUUCCAUGAGUAUGAAGCUGCGCUGGCGACUUCUCAGCUCCUGGACUACGACGAUCUGCUUGUGCGAUGUGUAGAUCUCUUUCGGGCAUAUCCCGGCUGCGCGUCAAAUGUGGAAGCAUUGCUGAUCGAUGAGUUUCAAGACACAAACAUUGUGCAAUUCGAGUUGAUGAAACUUCUGUCCUCGGCUUCACGGAGGGUCACCAUUGUUGGAGAUCCAGACCAAAGCAUAUAUGGGUUCCGUGCCGCAGAGAUUGAAAACCUGAGACGAAUGAAAACUUUCUAUCCUGAGACUGUGGUAAUCAACCUGGAAGAAAACUAUCGUUCUGCAUCCGCGGUGUUGCGACUAGCUCAGGCCGUGAUCGAACAAGAUACUAGUCGGCCUCAAAAGAGGUUGAAAGCGACCCACUGCUAUGGCACAAAACCUGUUCUUCGGCGUCUACCCAAUCCGAAUGAAGAAGCUUUGUGGAUUGCCAAUGAGAUCAAGAGAAUGACAGUGAUGACGGGAGGUCUCCUUGUACACUCUGAUUUUGCUAUCCUACUGCGAUCUGCACAUUUGUCCUUGUUGAUCGAGAAGGCUCUUGCCAAUUCCGGCAUCCCAUAUCGUAUGGUUGGCGGCCAACGGUUCUUCGACCGCGUGGAGAUCCGAAUCAUCAUUGACUAUCUUCGCACGAUAAGUCAUCCAGACAACAAUCAAGCAUUUCUCGCCAUUAUCAACGUACCGUCCCGCAAAAUUGGGGACUCGACAGUUGCAGAACUGAUCAAGAUGGGUGAAGACCGCAAGCUCUCACUUUGGGGGGUGGUACAGAAGGUCCUUUCUGGAGACCUAUCGCCCCAGAAGAGACUUUCCAAGCCAGCUGAGCAGGAACUUGGACGUUUAGGUUCCCUCAUCAAGAACGCAAGGCAAAAAAUGGACACGAUGAUUCCUGCUGCGGUACCCAGCAAGUUGAUUGAUUUGAUCGUCAAAUCUUUAGACUUUGAGAACUAUCUUAAGAAGAAGUAUAAGGACGAUCAUGAGGAUCGAUUCGAGAACGUCAAAGAACUCAUCACCCAUGCCUCGGAUGUCUUGUUGCAGCCUUCGUCUGAGGAACAACUUACCCCGAUUAACGGCAUUGAACAGCAAUCUUCGGACGGUGCCCAAGAGGUUCUGACCCAGUUUCUGGCCAAUAUUGUCCUAUCUACUGACGUCGAGAACUCCGAGGAGGGAAAUGACAAGCCUAGGGUUACCAUAUCUACCAUCCAUUCGGCAAAAGGGCUUGAAUGGCCGGUCGUCUUCAUCCCGGCUGUCUAUGAGGGAUCAAUACCUCAUUCAAGAGCCGAUGACACGGACGAAGAACGCCGUUUACUCUAUGUUGCGAUGACGCGGGCUCAGGCACUUCUGACGUUGACUUUCCCUCUGACUCAGUCACGCGAUCAGCUGGAGUCGAGUCUGAGCCAGUUUCUGCCACCAAAAAUCCAUCAUCAUUUUGCAUCAGUCGGCCCAUUAUUUGAUGAUAAAACGCUUGCCGACGUUGCCAGCAUCCUUCGACGGGCGCCCCCAUCUCAGGAGAAUUUGGUCAGAAGCUUGCAGAGCAUGGCUGGAACUGAUAGCCAGAUUGACGAUGUCUGGCCCAGUGAUGGCACUCGUCGACCCUUCGCGAUGCUGCCCGCAGAUAGCCAAACCUUGCCUGAAUUUGGCAGACCACUGGCUGAAGUCCUGGCGACCAACCAAGAGCAACGAUUCUCGACUUAUACAAAGCUUCCAAGGAGUCGUUCAAUACCUGAGCAAACCCGAAGCCAUGAAGUAGCUACUACUAUGGGCAACGUAAGCGCCUUUUCCGCCUCCAAUGUCUCUGUGGGCUUCACCACCGCUGGCCAGCAGCUCAGAACGAGAACGGCUGAGAUGAACAGUUCCUCCUCGGACAGCUUGCCUCCAUCCAAGAAACCCAAAUUAUCGAAAUCUGUAUCAGCACAGGGCAGCAUUGCGUCGUUCUUCUCAAAGCCUGGAUCCCAAAGCGUAGUGUCUGCCGAGCCUGAUCGGCCUCCCAUUAUUGUUGAGCCCCCACUAUCAAGCUUGAGUCGACCCGUCCGUCAAGCCCCAGGUGCAAGCGAGAUCCCGUCUGAACUGUCCUCGCAUAGGUUGGAUCUUCGCAACAGCAUAAGCCACAAGCGCCCGACACCUCUUAAUGAAAGAAGCACAAAUUCCAGCUCGAAAUCCCGGUAUGUGACUCUGUACAGCUCCUCGCCCCCGCCUCCUGAUACAGGAGACAACGAGGUCCGGGCAUCAGCACAAGAAGGCGGAAGAAAGGGAGAGGAGGUGACCCCACAACCGUCCAACCUGUUCGUGCAAAAGCCUGGAGCGGCGCCUUUGGCGAAUUACAUCCUCUCCCGCCCGGCCACAACGAUGCACAGGACGACCGUCUCCUCCAUAAACUCAACAGGGUAUACGUCAUCUGCAUCGAGCAUGGGUAUAGGCCGGAAGACACUGGGAGUCAGACGGUCACUUAAUGGGUGGGAGAACCGUAGGAACAAGUGA